AUGUUUCUUUCUUGUUUGCAUUUCAGUUCGUUUUCUUUUUGUUCCUUCUUUUCUGUUCGUUCCGUUAUUUCUUUUUUUUUUUUUAAAUUUCCACUUCUUUUUUCCCAUCCUUCUUUCUUCCCCUUCCCUUUUUGUUCUUUCUUUGUUUUCCCCCUCCUUUUUCCUUUUCUCUUAUUUCGCCAUUUUUAUUUUUUCCCUUUGUUUUGCCUUUUUCUUUAUUUUUUUUUCCAUUUUCUUUUCUGCUUUGCCUUUUCCAUCUUUCCACUUUUCUCCUCAUUUACCUCUCAUAUUCAUUGUUCUUCUUGUUUUCCCCACCCUUUCGCAUUUAUCAUUCUUUCUUUUUCAUUUCAUAUUUCUGUUUUUUUAUGUUUUGGAAUUUUUUCUUCAUUUUCUUUUUUCUUUCUGUUUUCAUUUUCAUUUUUAUUUUCAGAUAUUUCUUUUUCUUUUCUUAUUUCCUUAAAUUAUCCUUCUCUUAUAUUUGAUUUCAUUAUGUUUCUCACGCCACUUAUUUUGUAUUUUUUGUUCUUUCUUUUUUCUAAUUCCUUUAUCAUUUGCCUUUUACUAUCUUUCUCUCUUUUUUUCUUUCAUUCUUUCUUUCUUUUCAUUAGUAUUCUGUUACUUUCUCUGCUUUAUUUCCUUUUCUUUUUCUUUAUAAUUUUAUUUUCAUUUCUUUCUUUUGCCAUUCUUUGCUUUUAUUAUUCUUUCCUUCAUUCUUUCCUUUUAUCGUUCUCUCUUUCUUUUUUGAUUUCUGUCUUUCUUUCUUUCUCUCUUCCCUUUCAUUGUUCUUCCUUUCAUUCUUUCUUUCUUAAUUUCCUUCUUUCCUUUUAA